AUGCCUAAGGCAGCAACCAAGCGUGGCGCGGCCGGCAAGGUCGAGAAGAAGCGCGGCAAGAAGGGUACGUCUAUGUUCUCCCGUUUAGUCAACUGCGGUCUCGUCGACAAGUUACUCGGGUGUUUGGCUACCACGGCCUUGAACAUCUCCAAGGCAUUUGAAAGACUGCCCAACGAAUGUUCUCGGCCGUUAGCCAUGCCCCCGCGAAGCCAAACGACGCAGUACCCCAACGCCCCCAAGCGUGGCCUCUCCGCCUACAUGUUCUUCGCCAAUGAGCAGCGUGAGAACGUCCGUGAGGAGAACCCCGGUAUCUCGUUCGGACAGGUCGGCAAGAUCCUCGGUGAGCGCUGGAAGGCCCUCAACGACAAGCAGCGCGCCCCGUACGAGGCCAAGGCUGCCGCCGACAAGAAGCGCUACGAGGACGAGAAGCAGGCCUACAACGAGGAGGAUGAGUCUUCUUAA